AUGCUCACCAACCUCUCUUGCCUCGUCUGUAUGCUGAGCGGACGUGGGCAUCACACACAGCACGUCUGCCGCUCCGAAGUCCAACACCUCCGUAUCACCGACACCCACAUCUCCUUCGCCCCCGGCUGUAAGUGCCGCAUAUGGCAGCACGUCAUCCUCUUCCAGCUCUCUCCCACCACCGCCGACUUCAAGCAGUGGGAUCGCGUCGCCCGGGGGCUAUACCUCGUCCGCUCAGACAACACGUCCUGGGGCGCCGCCUGGGACCUUGUUUCCUACUGCAAGAUUCAGCCCGGCCUGUCUCGCUGUGCCUCAGAAGCCAUCCUUCUGGGCCUCGUGCGCCAGACGGAUGGCGAGCGCGUCUGGAAAGCCUGGACCCGAGGUCUCUUGUGCAUCGAGUGA